UCGAAAGAUUUUCAGUGAGGCUGUGCGUGUCAAGAGGAUCGGGCGUCCAUAGUUUUAUUCCUCAGUUCGUCAGUUGGAGAAACUAGUUUGGAAGUAAUUUGUGGUUCAAUCAGUGUCUGUUAAGUUGGAAAUCGGUGAAAAAUUACAUUUUCUCGGAUACCGUUUGCAGUUCGUGGAUUAGCAGUUUGGAAUAAUUCGUUUUCCAUCAUGGGCGAAGCAUAGCUGUGGUGCUUUCAUUCUACCCCAGAAUGACUGUCAGCAAUACACGCUAAAAACCGCUUCAUGUAACUCCAGCUUUAGAACACACUUCUAGAAAACAAAAAAACUUAGCCCGUGACUUUUCCUAUUGGAGAUAUGAGUAAAAUGCUCCUGACAGCUGGUGAAACGCUGCGGCUGUGGUUACUAUCCGCCCUGGUGGUGCACGGAGCAGUAGCCGGUAAUCCGGAUGCCAAACGGCUGUACGAUGAUCUGCUAAGUAACUAUAACAAGCUGGUACGACCGGUCGUCAACACAUCUGAUGUUCUGCGCGUUUGUAUUAAGCUCAAAUUGUCCCAGUUGAUCGAUGUGAACCUCAAAAAUCAGAUUAUGACUACGAAUCUCUGGGUGGAGCAAUCAUGGUAUGAUUAUAAGCUACGAUGGGAGCCGAAGGAGUACGGUGGAGUUCAAAUGUUGCACGUUCCAUCGGAUCACAUCUGGCGUCCCGAUAUUGUGCUGUACAAUAAUGCUGAUGGUCAUUAUGAAGUAACCCUAAUGACUAAGGCAACAGUGUAUAAUACUGGUUUGGUUAUUUGGCAGCCCCCCGCCGUGUACAAAUCGUCGUGUUCAAUCGAUGUGGAAUAUUUUCCAUAUGAUGUCCAGACAUGUGUCUUAAAGCUGGGAAGCUGGACCUAUGACGGGUUUAAGGUUGACUUACGCCACAUGGACGAACAGUCGGGCAGCAACGUGGUAGACGUCGGUGUUGAUCUGUCCGAAUUUUACAUGUCCGUAGAAUGGGACAUCCUCGAAGUACCCGCUGUACGAAACGAAAAAUUUUACACCUGCUGUGAUGAACCCUACCUGGACAUCACUUUUAACAUCACCAUGAGGCGGAAGACUCUGUUCUACACUGUUAAUAUCAUUAUACCCUGCAUGGGAAUAUCGUUUCUGACCGUUUUGACUUUCUAUCUACCCUCUGAUAGUGGAGAAAAGGUCACUCUCUCGAUAUCAAUUCUCAUUAGUCUCCAUGUGUUCUUCCUACUGGUAGUAGAAAUCAUUCCACCUACUUCGUUAGUUGUACCUCUGUUGGGCAAAUAUUUGAUAUUUGCCAUGAUUCUCGUUUCGAUUAGUAUAUGUGUUACGGUCGUGGUACUGAACGUACAUUUCCGAUCACCUCAAACCCAUAGAAUGGCACCUUGGGUUAAAUCAUUUUUCAUUGAUUUUCUACCUCGUUUUCUAUUCAUGAAACGACCAGCGUACAUCGAAAACCAUAGAAAAAUGCUAUCCAAAGAACCACACGCUUGCUUUUAUCCUUAUUAUUCAACAAGCACAUUAAACCGCGUAGCUCGUUUUCAUAAUAGGAUAUCAUCAAAAGAUGAUGAUCUAUCGCCGCUAAGAAGUAAUUUUCAAUUGCAUAGUCUGUCAGGCACGGGACCAUUCGGUGGCAGCUGUCAGAUUCAUGGCCCCCUGCAGGUACCGCACUCCGAAUCGGAAGAAAUGUCUCUCUCAACAGCUACCGACACGGCCGUUCCGUCUGGAAUCAAAAGUCCCGUCUUCCAACAGCCGCCGUACAUCCAUUCCCGCUGUCCGGUCGAGGUGCACCGGAGCUGCUUCUGUGUUCGGUUCAUCGCAGAGCACACGAAGAUGCUGGAGGACUCCACGAAGGUUAAAGAGGACUGGAAAUACGUAGCCAUGGUGCUCGACCGGUUGUUCCUGUGGAUUUUCACCCUGGCAGUUCUAGCAGGAACUGCGGGAAUAAUCCUACAGGCUCCAACGCUGUACGAUGAUCGAAUACCGAUAGACAAAACAUUUGAUGAAUUAGCCACAUCGACCGUCGUUCGUUGUCCACCGCAAUAGCGAACCAGGUCCAGUUCAGAAAGCUUGAUCCUGUUUUUUGUAUGUGUUGUUGGAUUAGUGAGUGCCUGUGUUGUGAUAUUUGGAACAGUGUUCAACAGCAGGAUAAUUUCGUUAAUAUGAAACAGGUUCAGCAGCAUUCCAGCUAGCACUGAUUUAUUUUAGAACGUUAUUUUACCAGCUAAUGAUAGGUUUUAUAUUUUAUUUUCGAAAAAAAAAUAGUAAAAUACAAUGAAAAAUUCUGUUUCCCUACACACAGACACACUAGUAGGCAAAAUCCAUUGAAUAAAGGUAGGGGAAAGUAGGUAAAGACGGACACCCUAAGGUUUAAUCUAAAUAAUUACUUAGGUAUUGCUAUUCAGAUCGCAGUAGUCAUACAAAUUGAAACUUAAGGUCAUUUGUUUUCAUAAUCAUUUUUGGUAUAAGUGAACUUCCUCCAAGUUUUAUGUGUUUUGGGACUUCAAAAUUAGGACUACAAAAUUGCUGUUUUUUGACAUGGUUGGGAAAGACGGACACUUGGGGUGGGUAAGAUGGACACUACGAAGGUAAAGGUGGACACUCACAAAAAAGAUGUAGUACGUUAAGUAUUCUUUUGAUUUAUGUGUUAAGUGAUGGCCAUACAUUACUCUACGUUAUUGGAGUCCAUCUAUACAUCACGUGAACAGUUUGAGAGGAUGGGUUUCGAUGAAGGCGAAAAUUUUCCGCCUAUAUGGCCUGUUCUAACUGCUAAGUGAUUAAUAUCUGCUGGUUUCUCUCGCGGGUGUUCUUUGUGAACAUCUGUAGUACACAACAGAUGCUACAUGUGAAAAUUCUUGGAAAAUCCGUGUGUCCAUCUUUCCCUACCUUAGUGUGUCCGUCUUGCCCGACCUGGUUGUAAAUUUUUAAAACGAUCGUAGCUCUUCAUCGGAACAUCGAAAAUCUGCUGGAUUUUCACUAGAAAACCGAGGAAAGACUAAUUAAUCACUUUACUAUUGUGAACAAAUGAAAACACGUAAGUUUCACGAGUUUUUCACUAUUUUCCGUGGAAUAAAAAUUACAUCAAAUUGCGCGUUCACGAAAAUAUUCUUUGCUUUACUUACAAAUUUGACAGUUUGCUUGCUGAAAACCGAUAAUGCAACUCAAAAGCAUUAACACACUAUAAAGAAGGUAUUCGCAUCACUCAACUAUCAUAAUACAUUCUAGUUUGUGAAAUAUUAAGUGUCCAUCUUACCCGCAGUGUCCGUCUUUACCUACUUUCCCCUACGUGUUAGAACAGUUUCAAACUAUACAGGGUUCUAAUGUUCCACUUUUGUACGAGGUUACGACUAUUAGGGUUGACCUAACCUUAAUGUUAAUGUUUGUGAUGAGUUUAGGUAAAAAAUUAUCACUCCUCCAUGACAUUACAGAAAUAAAAAACAAAACAAAAAACAAGUCCAAGACAAGCACAAUUAUCAAAUCGUAUUAGCUCAACUAGUGUUAACGUUUCUUCUUCUUUUCUCUGUGUAAACUGUCUUCUGACAGUUCACAAGAUUUAGGGCUAGUGACUAGCGACUAUAUGCCCUCUUAUAAAUUCCAAAUUCCAAAUCACAGUUCCAACCAACAGACUUUUAUAAAUUCACACACUUCUUUGUACAAAUGAACAUCUCUCUUUUGAAAAAGUUCAACUAACGUCCUGAAUCGACCUUCGAAAGAGUAUUUUGUCCGUUCGUGAUCAUAUUUUACACAGUUUAGAAUAAUGUGUUCAGCAGUAUUUUCCUCGUCACAAAUUUCACAGGAGCCUUGGUGCACAAUUUUCAUUAUCGCCAGCCAGUGUGGGGAGAAUCGUGCCCUGCAACCAAUCUAUUUAACAGUCUUGUUCCCACGUUGUUGAAUCCUUUUCCAUAGUGCCACGGUGUCUCGCCUAGUUCUUGCUGUAUCUGAUAAUAUUUUUUUCCUUUCUCCUUUGCAUACGUUUUAUACCAUUCUGUAGCUGUUUGUUUUCUCCAGUGUUUAAAUAAUAGAAAUGCAUCUUUUUCAAAAUUUUGAUUGUUUCUUCUCUCUGCUGUAUCACUGGUUUCAGACUUUGCCAAAAAGUCGGCCAGCUCAUUUCCUGUUAUCCUUGCAUGUCCAGGAAUCCACUGGAAGCUUACACUCCAUUUUUCAGCCUUUUCCAGGAUUCCGUUCAGUACAGCUGGCCUAUUUUUCGUUUCCAUAGCUAUAAAUAGCAUUUCACAUGCAGAUCUUGAAUCCGUUAAUAUUAUAUAAUCUUGUUUCUCCUGCAGGUCUAUCACGUCUAAAGCUGUUUCAAUGGCACUUAUUUCCGCCGAUGUGAUGCUUGAUUCCAUUUCCAGUCUGUAACAAUAUCUGGCUCCUGUUCCUUCAUCGUAUACACCGAUUCCGCAGAGUCCUUCCAUUUUUGAAGCGUCAAUGUACAUUUUAGGCCUGUUUUCCCAUUUUCCGUUGAUAGUCUGAAUAGCGAGUUGCCUAAGUUGUAGAGGAUUACAAUUUCUUUUGGCUGUAUCCAUUUCAUCCAUGGUAGAUUGCACUUCGACCUGAAUUUGUCUUCCACUUACAUUUGUCAUUACCUUUUCAAUUAUUUUCUUGUGCUUCAGGUAGACUUUUUCCAUAUAUGACAGCUUCUCCUCAUCAGCCUCCUGGUUUAUUUGCUUCAGCUGGUUCGCUAUCAGGUUAUUGUUGGUAAAACAUUUUGUAAUGAACUUUGCUGUCAAAUACUCCUGGCGUGUUUCAAGUGGUUCUUGUCUGGCUAAUGCAAUUAACGUAUUCAGCGGUGUAGAUUUGGUACAUCCGGUUAUCUUCCUAAGACACUGGUUAUUUGAUACCACCAGUCUCUUUUUGUUCGUUUUGCAAGCAUUAUUGGUGACAGUACAUCCGUAUUCUAUGACACUUCGAAUAAGAGCCUGGUAUACAUCUGUUAGAGUCUCCGGAGUCACUCCAUUUCUGGUGCCACUAAUAACCUUCAACAUGUUGAGCCGAUCAUUUAUCUUUCCCGUCAUUUCUCUAGUGUGUUUGCCGAAUCCUAGCGUUCUGUCUAGCGUUACCCCUAGAUAUUUGUGUGCACGAACUGUUUCUAUCACUGAACCAUUAAUCCUGACAUUCAAUUGCUUGUCGCUGUUCGUGAAAAUUAUUGCCUUGGUUUUCUCCGCGUUGACUUUCAUGCUCAAUUCAUUAGAGCACUGCACGAAGCUGUCCAUAAAUUGUUGCCCUCUUGUUCUCAGCUCGUCCUCAUUCCUUCCCGUUUCUUUUUUUUUUUUUUUUUAUUCUCGUUUAUUUUCCGUCGGUCUAGUUCCGCCACUGUUGUGGCCAAUCACCGACGCCCAGGGAGGCGACUCCACACCCAGGACCCUAACUCACGACCCGUUUAUUAACGGACCGG